ACCCAGAGGACACUUCACUACUACAACUCCUUUUGCAAGCUUCAAUUAUUUAUUAUCGACCUCACCACCGUUUAUACAAAUAACAAACUCUUGUUAUCACUGCGGUGCUCGCUCCGUUGCGACUACCGUUGCGUCUACCGCUGUGACUACCUACCGCUGCUGCCUUGGGCCCCAUAUCCACCAUCCCCUCCUUUUUGUCUACUCAGCUAUUCGCUGCUCAGCUACCCUCCAAACUCCACACCCCUAAAAGACAUUAUUACUUGCUUCGCUCUUCAGAUUAUUAUUGCUGUCUGUUUCUUCAAACAUCAUCAUGCCUUCGCGGACUCUCCCAACAUUCACCAGGGCGGAAGUGGAGUCGCAUAACACCGCCACAGACUGCUAUGUCACCCUGGGCGAGAAAGUGUGCGACCUCUCCGACUUUGUCGACUCACAUCCCGGCGGUGGGGAUCUGAUCCUCGAGUACGCUGGAAAGGAUGUCACGGAGAUCUUGAAAGACGAAGUCUCGCACGCACACUCGGAAGCUGCAUAUGAGAUCCUUGACGACGGCCUAAUUGGCUUCCUCCCCUCCCACGAAUCCACAGACUCGAGUCUCAAGCGCAGGAAUGUCAACCAGGCCACACUAAACGGGAACGGAGCGACAAACGGCAAAGCGACCGCGCGCAUGGUAUAUGAGGCAACAGGAGUCGGAUCCGCGGAGGACCUGUCCAAGGACACGGAUCUCGUCGACGACUACAAGAAAUACAAGUUCCUGGACCUGAACAAGCCGCUCCUGAUGCAAGUCUUCUUUGGAGGCUUCAGCAAGAAAUUCUAUCUCGAGCAGGUCCAUCGUCCCAGGCAUUACAAGGGUGGCGAUUCUGCGCCCAUCUUUGGCAACUUCCUUGAGCCGCUUAGCAAGACGUCCUGGUACAUGAUUCCGAUUAUCUGGCUGCCACAAGUUGCGUAUGGAUUAUAUCUGUCUCAUGAAGGCCUGGGCAACUUGGGGGUUGUCGCCUUUUUCGGAUUGGGCCUGUUCAUUUGGACACUCCUGGAGUAUGGACUUCACAGAUGCCUCUUCCAUCUAGACCAAAAACUCCCAGAUAACCGUGUGGCCAUCACCCUGCACUUCCUUCUCCACGGCGUCCACCACUAUCUCCCCAUGGACAAAUACCGCCUCGUCAUGCCCCCCACCCUCUUCCUCGCCCUCGCAACCCCCUUCUGGAAGCUCGCCCACACAAUCUUUGCAUUCAACUGGUACAUGGGCACCGCCGUCUUCUGCGGCGGCAUCUUCGGAUACGUGGUGUACGACCUGACGCACUACUUCCUCCACCACGCCAAGCUCCCCGCAUUCUACCAGGACACAAAGAAAUGGCACAUGCAGCACCACUUCAUGGACUAUGAGAACGGCUUUGGAGUCACGAGCUGCUUCUGGGAUAGAGUCUUUGGCACUGAGCUUGUCAUGACCCAACCCGUGUCCAAGAUCGUGAAGGCGACUUAAGAAUUUGAAAUUCUUUGUGUGCGAGGGGGGGCUGCAGUCCUUCCCUGGGGAUGUAUAUCAAAAUUGUAAUGGAAAGCUCACGAAUAACCGGUAAUUGAGAGACAAAACGGCCAAAUUCGUUGAGGAUGGAGUCUAGGCUUUGUGGGUGGGCACGGGUUGAUGAAUAGCACGGCUGGGAUGACGGCCAUUAAUAGUAAUAAUGCAAAUACAUAAUACCACUCUGUACAUUAUGUGGAAUAAUACAGACUCUGAAUCAAAUGCAAAGGUUUAAAGCCACUCUAUUCAUACAGUGCAAGUUAUAAUGUGAAAAUUGUAGUCCAUA